AAUGGAUACAGGUACAAUCAUAGCCUUGUCUUUUGGAGGAGGGGCUGUGUUUGGGUUUAUACUGGCAAUUAUAAGUAUUUGCAUCGACCGUCGUUGUGGUAGGAAGAAAGGUUCGCUCUUUGCUGAUGAAGGAUCGCCAAAAGUAAAGUCAGAUCCUGAAAUUGUCGUUUAUACCAACAUCGGAAAACGCCUUUCUCCCCUUGAGAUGCUCUCUGAGGGAACUGGAAGUCAAGUGUCCGACCUUCCUGACGACUGUCCGACACCUAGUAUAUCAGAGACGGUUUUGGUCUGUACACUCGAUUCUACUGAACACAAAAGCUCAUCCUCUGUUCAUUUGGACGCAAUUAAAAUGGAAGUUUGUGACGUUACCGAUGAAGAAAGUCUAGAGUCAGUUGAUUUGGACGAUAUUAAAAUGACAGAAGGUAAGGUCACUAAACUAGGACAGGAACAUCUGGAGUCGGGGGAACAUCUUGAGACGGUGGAUGAUUCUGAAAUGAUAAAAAGUGAGGAUAGUUCUGUUGGAAGCAUUUUCCAGUACAUGAAUGCUUUAUUGUCCGACAGAAUAGUGGAAAAUUUGUCCACGUCAGAAAGACAAAAUAUUCUAACUUUGAUAGCUCGUCGGUUUGAAAAGACUAAGGAAGAAACAGUGGAGGAACCUAGAACAUAGUGUGCCUGCUUCGUCUAAAUGGGCCUGACCUAUCCGCCCAACAAACAUAUAAAGCUCUCACUGCCGCAGUGCACUGCAAGCUUAGCAGAGAAUGCACUAUGAACAUUGUCAGACAGACAUCAGUGAAAGUCAAGCGAAUGACUUACGAAGAAUUCGAAAGUUGAGGUCCUAAUCAUGAUCGAACUGAUUUUUGUCGCAGUGCCAAGUGCAACGUUUUCGCGCGGACAUCGAUCCAUUGGAUUUGAUGCUAUUAGUAAUAUUAGUAGUAUAAUAGGGAAAUUAAUGGAUAUUUCGCCCUAAUUAGUAACGUCUUUCGAUUACUCUGUUAACUCAUUCUCAAUUGAUGGAUUAGUCAUUAGUUAAAGUUUCGAUUUAAAUAUUGUAAAAAUUUUUUUGAGAAUAGUAAUAUUUGCGUGUUUGUAAACUAGAUUGGUUAAAAUCUCCAUAAGUCUUAUUUUUACGGUG